CUCGAGGAUGGCAAUGCAACAAUCGAGGGUGCAUUCGAUGCGCUGAAUCGUGAUCAGUGGCUUCACCUGGCCUGCCAUGGAAUGCCGAAUCGACAACAACCAUUUGAAUCUUCCUUCGCAAUGCGUGAUAGGCCGUUGAUGAUCAAGGACACCAUCCGAUCCAACUGGCAGAACCCACAGUUUGCAUUCUUAACAGCUUGCCACACUACUGUGGGCGAUGAGGAGAGUCCUGAUGAGUUGAUCCAUCUUGCUCCAGCGAUGCGCUUUCGCAGUGUGAGGGGUUCUAUGUGGUCUGUCGAUGAUAAGAUUGUACAGGAGGUUGUGUCUGCUUUUUAUGAGAACAUGGUGGAUGAAGGCAGAUUGGACUGCACACGCGCCGCGAUGGCGUUGCAGAAGGCUGUG